AUGCCUGCAUGUGCACGCCACGAUGACCAGGCAAACCUCUGCAAAGUGCUGAGUUUACUUCGAGAGUGGGACCGCGCGGAUAAAACUGCGCGUUCUCUGGUUCUGACAAACUUUGUGUCUGAAAACUCCGGGAGGACCUUUUAUGAACUGGAGCAGGUGUUUGCUCAGGUGGCCAGUCUCUUUUUGGCACGAAUCACGACGUGGAUGAGACUCACAUAUAAGUUUAGCACAUCUCUAUGUCUACAGCUUAAAGCAAUACAGAUUUUUCUCUCUGCAUCCAGCCAGGACCAGUACCUAACAGAGUUCCUGGAGGAUGGAGGUGUUCUCACACUUAUUGACAUUUUAAAUCAAGCUCAGACUAAAGGAGAGGACAGAGUUGAGGUGCUUAAUGUUUUGUUGAUUAUUUCAAGCACAGGUCGCAAGUACAAAGAGUUCAUCUGUGAAAGCAAUGGAGUCAGUGCUUUAGCAGAGUGUUUAUCCACUCCAUAUUCAGAUGAGAUCCAGGAGAAAACAUGUGCAGUUUUAGAUUCACUCUCCGAGGGAAAUCCCAGAUACCUCAACCGUGUCUAUCAAGAACUCAUCACACUGUUGUUGAACACAUCUCCCAACAGUCAGAAGAUGCUCCUGCGCACUUUACGGUCUUUGCAGUCCAAGAUGAAGACAGCUCAUCCCAGCAUAGUGGCUCCUCUGCUUGAAAUCCUCAAGACCUUGCAGCUGGAAAUUCAAGAAGAAGCAAUUAACUGGAUUUUAGAUCUGAAGCAUUAUGAUGUGAUGCCACUUCUCCUGAAUGGACUAGUGUCACUGCUCAGACUAGCAACUGAGGAGCCGAAAAUGAAGGUAGAAAAAAGUGGAUCUUUACCUGAAUUUGUGCAACAAGCAGCUGCCGCUAAAAUCAUCCGGGUACUGGCUGAAGACAGUGAAGAAGUAGCAGCUGAUCUGCUUGCUCUUGAAGUGGUCCAGGGUCUCUUAUCUGCUAUGGGAAACAAAGAACACACUGAAUCCCAAAUACAAGCCAGUCUUGCAUUAGAGUUCUUUGUCAAGUCCUACCCCGUUAUCCAACAACCUAUUAAAAGAUUCAUGGGAAAUACUCUGUUCUCAGUCUUUUUGAUCAAUCCUGAAACACUGUACAAGACUUUAAGUGAAACACAGGCACAAUCUCUGUUACAGAACAACAUUAAAACAUAAACACAGGAGUGCGUGGGAAAAAUGGGAC